AUGAAAUUCUUCGCCGUCUGCUUCUUCGCUGUUGUGGCUGUCGCCGCUGCCAAGCCUGGAAUAUUGGCUGCUGCUCCUCUGGCCUACACUGCUCCAGCUGUCGUAGGUAGUGCCGCCUAUGUGGCUCCCUAUGCCUCCAGCUUCAACGCUCAUCAGGUAGCCCACAGUGCUGCCUUCCCAGCUGCCUACACCGCCCCGAUUGCCGCUCCUCUGGCCGCCGCUGCCUACACUGCUCCAGUUGCUGCCUACUCUGCUCCUUUGGCUGCUGCUGCCUACUCCGCUCCUCUGACCGCUGCUUACACUUCUCCCUUGGCUUAUUCUGCUCCUUUGACCGCUGCCUACACAGCACCCUUCGCUGCUGCCGCUUACGGCGCUCCCAUUGCUCCAUUGGCCGCCCCUGCACCUGUGAUCCUGAAGAAGUAAGCAUCAGCAACCAACUCUUGUCCCGUGACCGUGUAAAUAAGUUUUUUUUUUUUUUAUACUA